AUGGCAACGCUAAUCCUUAUUGAUAAGGAGAAUGGUGAAGUUGGCGCUAAGAAUCAGCUAAGACUCCCUUCAGGAUCCUCAAAAGUUUUAUCUGAAAGAACACAAGUUAACACUCCACUUCCUAAAAAAAUCAGUACAUCUCCAGCCACAUCUCUCUCUGUCAGAAAGGCUCUUGGAAAUGUGAACAGAACUGAAGGAAUCACAAGCAAGAUGGAAAAGAUAGGACCAAAAAAUCAGCCUUGUACUGCAAACAAAGUUACUGAAAAGACUGCUGGAUUAGAAAGCUGUGAUUCAGUGGCUGAAGAAGAGUGGCCAGAAAUAGAAAAUAUGUUUCCUUUUGAUCCUAGAGACUUUGAGAGUUUUGAUCUUCCUGAAGAGCACAAAGUAAGCAAUAUCAACCUGCAUGGUGUUCCCCUCAUGGUAUUUGAAAGUACGUAUGACAGAUACGUGAACAUGGUUCCUUCACCUGUGAAGAUCGAAGAAAUUUCAUGGGAGUCUAAGUUGCUACAAUCAACUACUGACUUCCUUGCUACCCUGGAUGAGAUCAUUGACAUGCCACCUCCAAAUUAUGACCUUUAA